UCUGACUCACUUUUCAGAGGUUACUCUGAAAAUGCAUGUAUGCUGAUAUCUAGUGCACUCGCUCAGAUGUUGUAAAGAAAUAUAUAGUUUGUCCUACAAGCAUUAAGCAACAUGUUCUCAGGUGGAUUCUACAUAAAAGAUCAUUCAAGCAGAAAAUGAUGUGUACAAAGCAAGUCUCCCCUCAGCAGUGGCCUGCGAACAGCCAGAGAAAAGCAUGCAUAGAAAGUAGUAGAUAGAAGAUGAGUGGAGUUGGAGUUAGAGGUCGUCAGCAGGCUGGCGGGCCCGGAGAGAGGCAGGGGGCGAGCAGAGCCCUAGUGACAUCUCCAAACAUGUCAGCACAGUGGGGUGGACAACACAUCUCACCCUGCCCUCUGCACCCGAUCACAAGAUCAACAAGGACAAAGCUGUUUUCCCUCGACCCACACACCACCCUUUCAGCCCCAACCGAGACAAACUGCAGCUGGAUAGGGGGGAACUGUUCCGCAGGUGUCCUCUGCUAAGGAUCCUUUCAUAUUUCUAUAUUUGAUACUCAUCCUUUGGACCUGAACCUGCCCUUGAGUCAUUCAGUCAUGGUCGCUCCAGUGUUCUCCAUACUGGGAUACAUCUACUCUCUUAGCCUACUGCCCCUGCUACUGCCUGGUUGGAGCCAGGGCAGUCCCAUCAUGUCCCCUGAGGAGCCUCGACGGGGCCCUGGCGCCAGGGGUCUGGUGGAUACGUCCAUGUUGGAGCAGGAUCAGGAUGUAGAGCUGGACAUGCAGGACUCUCUGGGUCAGUUUCUGUCUACGUUGAACCUCACAGAGCUGGAGGCCCGGGCAAGGCCCCGUGCCACCCGUAAAGAGCCACCAGAAUACAUGCUGGAACUGUACAACCGCUUUGCCAAUGAUCACACAGCGGUGCCCUCUGCCAACAUAGUGCGUAGUUUCAAGAAUGAAGAUUCCUCCCCCUACAGUGUGACGGUCAGGGGUGUGAGGAGACACCCCCUGCUGUUCAACAUCUCCAUCCCCCACCACGAGCACAUCCUCACCGCCGAGCUUCGCCUUUACACCCUGGUCCAGAAGGACCGCAGACACUACGCCGGCCUUGACCGCAAGGUGACCGUUUACAAGAAACAUGAGGGGGGGCACUGGAGGAAAGAAGAGGGGAGGGACAAAAGAAGGAAUGAGGAGGAGACAGACAAAAUUGAGGAAAUGGAGGAACUGGCAACACGGCACGUCUAUGGUAAAGACGAUGUCUGGGUCACCUUCGACCUGACCAAUCAGGUCAACCUUUGGCGGAAGGCAGAGAGCUCCACCCACCGACUGGAGGUCCACAUUGCAAGUCUGAGGUGCAAAGGUGGGAAGACCCGCCAGGAAGUCAGAAAAGAGGCUGGAAAGAAAGAGUUGGUCGAUGUGUAUGUUGACAUGGGCUUGGAUGAGAAACACAAGCCAGUGGUGAUUGUCUUCUCAGAUGAUCAAAGCAGAGACCAUCGUGAGGACGACAAGGGGGAGCUCAACCGGAUGAUGAAACAUGAGAACGUUGUGCCGGCUGACCUGGAGCUGAGUCCACACGGGAACCGGGGGGACCAGGCUGGGAGCGAUGCUAGGAACACGGAUGGAGUGGAGCUGGAUGAGGAGACUCUCAUGCAACUGCACUCCAACCUCUAUUACGACACUCCUCCCCGAAUCCGCCGCAACGCCAAGGGUGAUCCCUGUAAGAAGAUCCCUCUCCAUGUGGAGUUUAAGGACAUUGGCUGGGAUACCUGGGUCAUACAGCCCAUGGGCUAUGAAGCCUACGAGUGCAAUGGUGUAUGCAGCUACCCUAUGACCUCUGAGGUCUCGCCUACCAAGCAUGCCAUUGUCCAGACUCGGCUGAGCAGUAAGAUUCCACAGAAGGUGUCACCAGCCUGCUGUGUUCCCACCAAGCUAGAGCCCAUCUCACUCCUUUACGAGGAUGGAGGAGUGGUCACCUACAUGCACAAGUACGAGGGCAUGGUGGUGGCAGAGUGCGGCUGUAGAUAGUCAUAGAACUGACUAAAGGUGCAGGAGAGAAUUAUAGAGACUUUGGAUUAGCAUAGACUGAGUGGUCCUCAGUUUCACUAUCAAAGAAGAAAUCCAGAUCAAAAGUGCCGAUUUGAAAAUAACACAUCCAUUUCCACAAGCAUCAAGGAUACUUGCUUUGUGCGCUAGUAACUGAUAUAUAGUAGGGCAUGAAUAACUUAUAUUUACAGUAUCUAAUGAACACGCAGCUUCAACUACAUUUUAAGAUACAGAUAAACAGGGAGGAGUAAAUAGAAAGAUGACAGAGCAAAAGGGUGCAUUAUAUGAUGGAAAUUUGUCAUUUGUGAAAGUACAUUUGUUAGUAUAUGGAGAUUAUAUAAAAUGCUAUUUUACAAUGCCAGCAAUAUAAUGUGAUUUUGUAAAAACAAAAGAGAAACACAAAAAAGAUUUGAAUGUGAAUAUUAUGCUGUUCUUUAUAGUUGGUAUAUGUUUGUCAUCUUACAUUUGACUUUAAUCGUGACGAUUUGUUGGUAUGUACUGUCAGAUAUGCACAAAACUCUGUUGGUUUAAAUGACAGAAAAACAGAACAGAUCACUCCUGCAUGCCCAGUAUAUAUACAUGCUGUUCCAUAAAUAUAACCGUAUAUUCUACAUGCAAAGACAGAUGCUCAUUCUAAAAGAGCGCAGGAUGAUUGGUGUUUGAUAUUUCAAAUAUGAGUGCUUCCAUCAUGUCAUAAAAUGUGAAAUGAAAUGUAUUAUAGAAACACAUGUGUUCCAGAAAUGUAUUAUGGGAAUGCAACUUUGUUUGAGGUCGUCUUUUACCAAGGCCUGUGGACAAGCCAAGAAUACAUGUUCACUACAGAAGUUCAUCUUGCAUAGAUUUGAAUAGAGUGGCACUGUGCAAAAUUGUAUUGAUUUUACCUUUAUUUAACUAGGCAAGUCAGUUAAGAACAAAUUCUUAUUUUCAAUGACAGCCUAGGAACAGUGGGUUAACUGCCUGUUCAGGGGCAGAACGACAGAUUUGUACCUUGUCAGCUCGUUGGAUUUGAACUUGCAGCCUUCCGGGUACUACCCCAAUGCUCUAACCACUAGGCUACCCUGCCGCCCAGUUGAUCAAUGCAACUUCCAUAUGAAAAACCUUUCAAGAAUGGCAUUGCUCCAAAGGUUUUGAUAUUUAUUUUCGGUAAUACCAAUUACCCUACCAAAGACAUUCUUUAAAAAAGUAUACUCGGUCAUAACAUACUUUAUAUGGGCUAAUAAAUUCAUAGAAUAAAAAGGUAGGUUUUACAUCUACCUAAGUCUAAGGGUGGUUUUUAACCUUCCAGACUUGGAAUAUUGUAUUAACUCGCAAAGCAAGGCUUUUACUUGCCGCAUAUAGUUAAAUGCACUAAAGAGGAACAAUGGGUACAUAUUGAAGAUGAGCAUGCUUAUCCCCAGAAUCUGUUUACUUGUCUAUUUUCUAAGGAUAAAGCUAAGAACAUUAACAACUUCAUAGUUAAGAACACUAUAACAACAUGGAAGGAAAUGAACAUUAUGGAAUAAUCGUGUAUAGCUUUUCUGAAUUCACUGAUAAAUUGGUCCACAUGGAAAACCAAAGGCAUAGAAACCGGAAAUGACUUGGUAACAGGAAAGACAUUUAUUUCCAUGACAGAAUUAAAAAAGUAAUUUUGGACUGACCAAUGUAUAGUUUCAAAUACAUGCAAUUUAAAAGUUAUAUAUCCCAAAAUGCCGAUUUGAAAUAUUUUGGACAUCAGAACAACCUUGAAUAUAGAAUGUUAUUAUAGAAUAGACAAAUUUCACAAAUUCCACAGCAUAACGGCAGAGUCAGGUCUGAAGUGUAAAACUAACAAUGAUUCAAUAAUCCAUUCUGUCUGGGUUAUGCUAUAAUGUCCAGAAAUUGUGAGCGGAGCUAGAAAGUUGGGUGUCUGAAGUAUUACAAUGUAAAUGUACUUUUAAUCUGUCUGCAUAUUUCAAGACAUGGCAUAUGGAGGUGUAUUGAGAUACCCAAUGGCCUGGACGAUUAUCCUCUCAUCACUCAUCUUGAAUUUGAUUAAAUAAAAAACUUGCAAAUCAAUUAAUCCACCAUCAUUAACACAAUGGAAAAUCUAAUGAUUUAUUAUGGAAAUAUUGAAAUAGCAAGGGCAAACGAGAAAAGUGAAUUGGUACAAUUUAAGGCCAUGUGGCAACAAUAACGCAGGCACUAGGGAUGGAGAUGUGAGCAUGUGGGUCUGGGCAGUAGAGAUUUAGUCGUUGUUUGUGUGCAUCUGUAAGUGGUUGUUUGUAUUUGGUAUAAAAAUAUACAUAUUUUUAAAUUAAAAAAUAUAUAUUAAAACCUUUCAAGAGGAGUGUCAUAUCAGGUCAGAGAAUGUGAAAUCAAAGGGUGAACAAUUUAGAAGGUGUUAUGGCUUUUUAUUUUUUUCAUUUUUUAUUGCAGAUUACUUUAUGUCUCUGCAAAAUGUCAACCCUCUACAUUUGGAGAAAGCAGAAGCAAAAAGGUACAGAUGAUGUACAAAGCCUUAGAUUAAGUUUGCCAGAAAAAAGUUAUUUUUCCUGAAUAUAUAAUAUACUGUCCAUGUCCAUGGAACCAAAUGAAUGUUUUAAAUAAUUUCUGCCCACUUAUUAUUGGGCUAAUCUAUCUGCCUCAGUCCGACUCACACCCUCUACCACCCCACCAUCACACAUCCUUCUAGAGCCACAUGCAAUGCAAGCAUUGGUGAUAAGGAGGUGUUAGGGCCUGGAGACGUGUAGACCAUCACUCAGGAUGAGAAACCAUUCCAAGUGGAGAGCAGUAGGGAGAGUGUGCUGUCAGAUUCCUGGGCCCCAACACCAACAAUCUCUAUGGAACAUUCAAUACACCCCCCAGCCAGCCUCUGUUUACUGGCCAGUCUCUCUCUAUUCACCACUGCCUGGCCUCAAACACUCCCACUUCCCUUCUCUGGCACGGAUACUCUGGGGCCCUUAUCAUGGCGUUGCCUGCAGUACAGAUGGAAAAAAAACAUGUCACAUCACCACUCCUCUUCUGCUGUCAGCAGACUGAAGGAGAGCCAACCUCUAUGGAAUCACGCUGAACUUUUAAACCAACUGGACUUGGUUCUCAGUUAAGAUUUGCUUUUCACUGCCAUGCAUUUGUUAGUCAAAACUAUACUGUAUACUGUACCUAAUAGCGAUUGAGCUGUUACAGAUAUUAUUUCAGAGUAUUUAUUCAUGACUUGAAAGGUGAUGGUUAUUUAUUUAGUAAAUUUGAUGUGCAUGUGAAAGUUCAGUAGACUUAUUGCAUCCUGUGGAAAUUAAUUAUUUUGAGGAAAAAUAAACUUUAUUUGUU